AUGAUGCACGCCGUCGACAUUGGCGAGGCGCUUGGCGACACCAACACGACCAUGAUCAACAAGUACGUCGCCGAAAAGACCGAGACGCUCAUUGACCGCAAGUGGACCACGGUCUUUACCGUCCUCUGCUACGUUUGGAUGGACAUUACGUGCAACAUCACCCAGGUCCCCGCGGGUCUCAUCAUCGCCGACUUUGCCGGCGAUCGCCAGGUCACGGCCGCCUCGAUCGGCGGCGCCUACUCGAUCGCGGGCUCGUUUGCGGUCUCGGGCUACAUCCUCUUCUUUGGCGCCGCCCACGAGUCGAUCAAGUCGUUCAUGACGAUGCUCAUCGUGAUCAUGCUCGUGACGACGAUGGCGGUCGUUAUCUUCGUCAAGGAGACGCCCUACGUGCCGCCCGUCCAGCGCGCCAAGGGCGCCGAGAUCAAGGCGGCGUUCGUGGCGGUCUGGACCGGUAUCAAGAUCCUCCCCAAGACACUCGCGUACUACGCGGUCUGCUUUGUGCUCAUCCAGUACGGCUUUACAGCCUACAACGGCGCGAAGGGCCAGUUCUUUGGCCUUGUCGUCAAGGGCGGGUCGGCCGAAGGCGCCGACAAGUGCGGCUCCAACUGCACGGAAGCGCAAACGAACUUCAACGACGGCGUCCAGCUCGCGAGUGGCACGACCGACACGAUCUACAACUGCGUCUCGCUGCUCUUCCUCGCGGUGCUCCCGUACCUCGUGCGCAAGUUUGGCGCCAAGGCCGUCAUCACGGCGACGACGAUUCCGCAGAUUCUGCUCAUCGCGAUGGCGUUCUGCAAGAUCAUUCCUGUGGAUAUGAUCAUUGUCAUUGCGUGCUGCAUGACGCAGAACACGAUCUUCUCGCUCCAGAUCCCGACGAUCAUGCACGUCGUGGGCCACGGUACCGAGAACAACCUCGGGUUGUUUGCUGGCGCGUUCAACUCGGCCAACUGCCUCGGCCAGUUCCUCAACUUUGCCUUUGCGAGUGUCCUCGUCAAGACCGACAUGGGCUACGCGCUCCCGGUGCUUGUCGGCGGUGUCUUGAGUGCACUCGCGUUCCUCGUCGCCUUCUUCAAGCUCGACCUCAAGAUGAACACGAUGUAA